UUGUCUUAUGUUGGACACGUGUAGAAGAAGAAACUUAUAAGGAAGUAGCAUAGUCCUACGGUACUAGUUAACCUAGAUAAAGUAUGGAGAGCCCAGAGUUAACUUUUACUUUGGCUUAUAUAGUAUUCUCUCUCUGCUUCGUGUCUACGCCCAACGAGUUCCGUUCGGCCGGUUUAACCAUCCAGAAUUUGUUUUCUUCCUGGCUGGGUAGUGAGGAUGUGGGCUUCAUCCAGUACCACGUCAGGAGGACCAGCAUUACCGUACUGGUCCACUCCGCACUGCCUUUAGGUUACUACAUAGGGAUGUGUAUUGCUGCUCCAGAAAAAAACCUAGGAUACAUUCACCAGGUGAGUGACAGCUGGAGAGCAUUUCUCCUCUUCUCUAUAUGCCUGCAGUUGACCAGCUGGAUACUUGUCAUCUACUGGUCCCGCCGGCACUGGCACAACCAUCCAAUUAGCCGGGCCUUGCAGGCCCACAUACAGCCUCCUUACUCCAGUUGGGGCUCAGUGGCAACCAGCGUCAACGAUGAGUUCAGACGCAUAGAUAAGUUUGCUACAGGGGCGCCUGGAGCCAGAGUUAUCGUUACUGACAGCUGGGUGUUAAAGGUGACCACCUAUCAUGUCUACAUGGCCUUACAGAGUGAAUGUCAUGUGACAGUCACAGAGUCCAGACAGCACCAGCUGAGUCCAGACUCUGCUUCCCCCACACAGAUAUUGACCCUGCGAGUGGACAGCAUCAACCCUGCUGUCAGAGCCUUUGAUAUCAGGCUCAACUCUACAGAGCAUGCAGAGCUCAGAGAGAAACUCCAUGCACCCAUCAGAAACUCUGCCAAUGUUGUGAUCCACCAAACCAUAAGUGAACUCUUCCUUGAAACAUUUAGAGCCCAGGUGGACCUCAAUCAACCGUACACACUCCCCAGUGGACAGGAGAUGGAGCCCUGUAUAGGCUGUAUGCAGGUUCCAGCAAGCACCAAGCUUGUCAGACUCUGCCAUACAGAAGGAGGAGAUAAUGAGUCGGAGUGCCAGCAGUGUUUCUGCAGACCAAUGUGGUGUCUGUCCUGUCUUGGUCGAUGGUUUGCCAGCCGCCAAGACCAGCAAAGACCUGAGACCUGGUUGUCUAGCAGAGUCCCCUGCCCCACCUGUAGAGCCAAAUUUUGUAUACUGGACAUCUGCAUGGUCCACUGACAAGACACACACAUACAGAUCCAAACAGACCUUUUAUGCUCUAAAUAAUGUUAAGGUGUGUUUUUAUCCAACAUUCAGUAACAAAACUCUGAAGAGAAGCGGUGGACAGGACAUUGGACUGAACUUAGUUAUGUACCUGUAGUCUAUUCUGUGCUUUCAAUAAGGAAUGAUCAUUUACAGUAUCAUUUGCUACAGUAAUUACAACGCUUUGACAAACAUUAGUUUUGAACCCCAAUAUAGUGUUAAAUGCCAUAAUCAGUGUGACAUUUUGAGAGAUGUGUUUGUUUGGUUUUUGAACCCCAGUCAGAUAAGAGGCAUCAUAUCAGUUAGCCUGAUCUAUCUGCAGUCAGUAAAGAGACAUCCAGAAUGUGUUUAGGUUAGUGAAAAAAAAAAAAAACUUUUAACAAUGACCAUAACCUGUAUAACUGUUCAUCCACUUCAGAAUGUUCUAAAGAGCCGAUACAAAACUGACAUCAAAAUUUAAGUAGCCUUUAAGAGGAAAUCUCAAGUUAUCACUUGGUUAUGCACAUGUAUACUCAGAGCUGUUAAGGAUUUAACAACUUUUAUCUGCCUCAAUGUUUAUUCUUUCACAAAUCCUUAUAUGUUCUCAGUAAUAAUGUUAUUUGGCAAAAGCACAAUUGAUAUUUUUAAUUUUCAAGAGUGACUUGCAGGUUGGAGACCCCAGUAAAUUAAUGUUUAGGGUAAUGCUGUAGAAACUAGAUCUUCAGGAGAGGUGAAAUACAUCCAUAUACAGUGGAAAAUUGUUAUUUCUACCUCAAACAGACAAAUUGUAGAUGCCACAAUAACUUCAAUAUUUAAAACAUUCAACUGAAUAGUAACAAAAUAGAAAAUAAACCAAAAAUGCAUAUGUAUAACUGACAACAUCAUAAGCCCAUCAUACACGUCAUCAUCCCCAUUUUCUGUAUAGACAUCAAAUCUGACAAACCGUUUAAAUGACAUUUUAUUAAAGGUGCCCUGCCACACUUAUUUCAGCACUUUGUGGUAAUGUUUGAAGUUCUACCAUGGACUCUAAUUUUUUGUGGAAAAAAUGCCUUGCUGACCUUGUUUCAAGCCAUUCUAGUGUGGUAUAAAAAGCCUGCAGGAAGAUUCAGUUCAAUUUGUGCCCGUCCUCAUUAAUAGUCAACAAGCUAAGCUGAUUGACUCUGAUUGGCUAACAGCUAGCAAAUAACAGCCAGACAACAUGACUAGGGUAUCCUUUACCCACUGCAACAGGGCGAGCUUGUGAAUAGGUAAUGCGCUCAGACAACAUGACAUCAGACUGACCAGCUUUUGUAAUUGGCCUUAUUUCUCUGCUUAUUUCUUUUCAGCGGCUAGAGCUGACAGGAGGCAGCAGUUCAUGUUCACAUUCACCACAUAACACAAACACAUAUGAACCAUAACAUAU